AUGCCCAAGAUUUACAAGCCCGGGAAGGUUGCGGUCGUCCUGCAGGGUCGGCACGCUGGUAAGAAGGUUGUCGUCAUCAAGCAGCACGAUGAGGGCAACAAGGAGCACGGCUUCCCCUACGUCAUUGCCGCCGGCAUUGAGCGCUACCCCCUCAAGGUGAACAAGCGCAUGGGUGCCAAGAAGCUCGCCCGCCGCAGCAAGAUCAAGCCUUUUGUCAAGGUGAUCAACUACAACCACCUCUUCCCUACCCGCUACGCUCUUGAGCUCGAGGGUCUGAAGGGUGUUGCCAGCAACGACACCUUCAAGGAGGUGUCUCAGCGCGAGGCUGCCAAGAAGGAGGUCAAGAAGCUCUUUGAGGAGCGCUACCAGAGCGGCAAGAACCGGUGGUUCUUCACUCCUCUCCGCAUGAGUGUGCACCAGGCGACGUGCACCGCGCCGGUGAACAUUGCGGUGGUAAAGUACUGGGGCAAGCGCGAUACCAAGCUCAUUCUGCCUACCAAUGACAGUCUGAGUGUGACGCUCGACCAGGACCACCUGCGUACGGUGACCACGGCGCGUGCCGAUGCGUCCUUCCAGCCCGGCGCACGCCUCUGGCUGAACGGCGUAGAAGAGGAGAUCAAGGCGGAGGGCCGCCUGGAUGCGUGCCUUGCCGAGCUGCGUCGCCUGCGUGCGGAGCGCGAGGCGGCGGACAGCUCACUGGAAAAGAUGUCGGCGUGGGGCCUGCACCUCUGCUCGGAGAACAACUUCCCGACGGCCGCCGGCCUCGCGUCGUCCGCGUCGGGCUUCGCGGCGCUCGCCGUGACGGUCGCGGAGCUGUACGGCCUGAGUGAUGUGCUCUCCCGCUCGGCGCUCUCGAUGAUUGCGCGCCGCGGCAGUGGCUCGGCGUGCCGCUCCGUCUUUGGCGGCUUUGUCGCCUGGGAGGGCGGCGAGAAGGCCGACGGUACCGACUCGCUUGCGGUCGAGGUCGCGGAGCGCGACCACUGGCCCGAGCUCGACGUGCUGAUCUGUGUCGUGAACGACGGCAAGAAGGGCACGUCGUCGACGAGCGGCAUGCAGCGCACCGUGCAGACCUCGCCGCUGCUGCAACACCGUAUCAAGCACGUCGUGCCCGAGCGCAUGCAAAAGAUGCGCGAGGCGAUCGCCAAGCGCGACUUUGCGCUCUUUACCGAGGUCACGACCGCCGACUCGAACGACUUCCACGCGUGCUGCCUCGACACGGCCCCGCCGAUCUUUUACAUGAACGACACCUCGCGUGCGAUUGUGAUGGUGGUCGAGGAGCUGAACCGCGCGCGCGCCGAGGAGGGCAAGGAUCCGAUCGCGGCCUACACCUUUGACGCGGGCCCCAAUGCGGUGCUCUACGUGCGCAAGGGCGACAUGGACGUCGUUCUGCGCACUGUGCGCCACUACUUCCCGGAUGCCGACUUUGACGACACAUUCAACCUGCUCGGUGCCGGCGCCGGCGCGUCGCACCGCGGCGAGGAGAGCAAGCAGGAGCUGCCGACGCUCCCUGCGUCCUUCAACAAAGACGUCGUACCGGUGCACCCCACGGGCAGCGUGCGCCGCAUGAUCCACACGCGCGUCGGCGACGGUCCCCGCGUGCUCGAGCGCGGCCUCGGCAAGGAGUCGCUCCUGAACGAAGAGGGUCUGCCGCUGCGUCUGCAGCGCGCCAAGCGCGCCUAA